AUGUUUGGUGGAGGCUCCUCGACCUCUCUCAAAGCCGAGAGCGCAAUUGAUGACACAGGCACCAACGGCGACACUGCCACACUCGGUCCUGCCGCUGCUGCCCCUAGCACAGUCAGAAAAGGCAGCAAUAAAUCACCGUCCCCCGAGCCCGAAUCAGCUCCGAUCACAACAGCAGAGCCAACUGCAAAGUCGACAAGCCCCGAAAGACGAACGGGAAACAACAGCCCACCAGCAUCCAGCAGUUCCACUGAACCCAAGAAGCGACGGAGCAGCGGUGUCAGCAGCCGUGCCAGUAGCCUGCUAGCAUCUGCGAAAAACACACUCAACUUCUCUCAGACUGGACGAACAAGUAGCGAUGGAUCUGCAUCGACCCAGACCCCGCUACAAAAGCUCGGCAGGCAGGAUGCUGCGCUCGCUGUUCCGCAAGGACAGCACAACAACUCGGCAGGUGAAUCCCUUCCAGGCCCAAGAUCCACAUUUCGUGUAGGUGUCUGGGAGGACCGAAACAAGAAAUGCCGACGGACGAUGGAAGAUACACACGCCUUCCUAUACAACUUCCUUCGUACACCUGCCCCCGCCACGACAGUUUCCGACAAAGACAGCACAAAGUCCUUCAAAUCGUCUUCCGAUAACAGCGAGCAAGAUGUCGCCGUCUCUAGUGGCGGGAACAGUGGCUUAGAUCUUGUCAGCGACUCGCUGGAAACGGACAAUGGCUAUUUUGCAAUUUUCGAUGGACAUGCUGGAACCUUCGCUGCAGACUGGUGCGGGAAGAAGCUGCAUCUGAUUCUUGAAGAAAUCAUACGCAAGAACCCGAAUGCGCCUAUACCCGAAUUGCUAGAUCAGACCUUCACAUCUGUUGAUAAUCAGCUAGAGAAGCUUCCUCUCAAAAACAGCGGCUGUACCGCGGCAGUUGCUGUCUUGCGAUGGGAGGAUCGAGUGCCCAGCAGCCAAUCUGCUACCGGCUCCCAGGGCAUCGCCAUGGCUGCCGCCGCAAAAGCCAACGACGAUUCGGCUCCCAAGUCAGAUGAAAAGAGAGGCAACGCUACCAAUGCUGGUGGUACCAACACGUCCGUGCCUCGCACUGCGGCCGAUGUGGAAACCGCACAUGCCAAACUCAAGUCUAAUGCUGUUCGACAACGUGUUCUCUAUACAGCAAAUGUUGGCGACGCGCGCAUUAUUCUUUGCCGGUCCGGAAAGGCCUUACGGUUAUCGUAUGACCAUAAAGGCAGCGAUGAGAAUGAAGGUCGCCGCAUUGCCAACGCUGGUGGUUUAGUCCUCAACAAUCGUGUGAAUGGAGUGCUCGCAGUUACAAGAGCUCUCGGUGACACUUAUAUCAAAGAGCUUGUGACUGGCCACCCCUAUACGACCGAGACGGUUAUUCAACCGGAGCUGGAUGAGUUCGUCAUUAUUGCUUGCGAUGGGCUCUGGGAUGUCUGCAGUGACCAAGAUGCAGUGAAUCUCAUCCGCAACGUUCCUGAUCCUGUCACAGCUGCAAAGAUGUUAGUUGACCAUGCCCUCGCCCACUUUAGCACGGAUAACCUUUCGUGCAUGGUUGUUCGCUUCGACAAGGAGGCAUUGGUCGAAACGCAAAACAGCAACGACGGCUUGAUUGGUGUCGAAGGUGACGAGGUUGGUUCGGGGACAAAGCCAAGCGAGGCGGACAAGAUUGUCAAUGACAUCAAACAAAAAAUAGCCGAGGGUGGCACGCCCGCCAUUGGCGUAUCUGCCAGCAACAGCGGCCGCGGCCAUGACUCUGUGGCCCCCCCAUCUCAUGACGAUGCGUUUCAGCGCACGGCAAUUGAAGGCUCGGUCGAAGAGGAGCCAGUGCUUGAUGGCGAUGAGUCGGUUGAGACAACCCAGGAGGUUGUGGUUCUUUCCAACGAAACGGAAGGCGCCGCUACGACCACAAAGGAUGAGCACGUCGAAGACAUUGCGCAACUUGGAGGGUCAUGA